AUGGCCGCUUUCUCAGCUGCCAUUGCUUCAUGUAAGACGGGCGGCAUCCGACGCACCUCGCUUUCGUCCUCGAAUCACGCCUCGUCAUCUGGCCUCCACAAUUUGGCCCAUCGUUCGUCCCUUGCACCGGCGUGCGGCUUGCAAACCGCUACCCAUGGCCAAACGCCUGCUAGCCCUUCUGAUUCGACCCUUUGUAGGAUUUUCCCUCCCACUGCCGGAUCGCCCGCUGGUGACGAGGCUCUCUCGGACUUGCGCGGAUGUAGCCACCACGAGGCAACAGAAUGGCGAAACGCCCAGAGCGUAUUCAGCCUCGGCACCUUGCCGGCCUGUUUUCGACUGGCUGCAUAA